UAGGAUUACAUUAUAGCCGGGCGGUUGAGAUGAUCAUGAACGCUGUGCGUGGUUAAACUAAAAUAGAUUUUGUAACAUUUUUACGUAUCGUGACGUGUUAUCAAGGCAGACGAACUUCACACAAUCGCUACUUAUUUAAAAUUUCCAGUUUUUACAGAAAAAAGUAUUGUGUUGUGACGAAAAAUACUGUAAUGUUUAAAUCGUUGUUAGGAUCUCUGAUUACUCAGGCCAGCUGUCAAGAGGGGGCUGGUUAUUUAAAAAGGGCCGAUACAGAGAAGUUACAUGAAAUAUUUCUGCAAUACGCCACCGUUGAGAAGAAUGGUGAGAAGCACAUCACUAGCGAAGACUUUGUGAGGAAGUAUCUAGGAUUAUUCGACGAAGAUGACUACAACAAGGAAUCAGUCAAGCUCAUCGCGGGCAUCGUGGACAUGGACAAAGACGGGUUCAUCUCGUUCUCCGAGUUCCAAGCCUUCGAGGGCCUGCUGUGUGUGCCCGACGCGCUGUACAAGACCGCCUUCCAGCUGUUCGAUACAAAUGGCAAUGGACUGGUGGCUUUCGACGAAUUCGCCGAGGUCAUGCGCAAGACAGUUCUCCACAAAAAACUGCCUUUCAACAUGGAGAGCACCUUCGUACGUCUCUACUUCGGCAAAGACAAGAAGCGUCUAGUCACAUACCAAGAGUUCAGCCAGUUCCUCCAUGACUUCCACGAGGAGUACGGAGUGGAAGCCUUCAAGAAGUGCGACAAGGAUGGCAGUGGUUUCAUCAGCGCUGGGGACUUCAGGGAUAUUAUGCUGAACGUGAAAAGCCACUUGCUGACCAAGGAUUUGAAGACGAAAGUGAUCAAUGCGUCAGGCUUCCCCCAAGGCGAGCGCAAGAUCAGUUUCCCCUUCUACAUGGCUUUUAACUCGCUCCUCAACAAUAUGGAACUGAUCAAACGGGUGUACCUUAACGCUACCAACGGCCAUCGAACGCAGGAGGUCACCAAGGAGGAGUUCCUGCACUCCGCACAGAUGAUGAGCCAAAUCACACCGUUGGAGGUGGAUAUAUUGUUCACUUUGUGCGACACUCUGCAUCACACUAACGGACGCAUUGUCUACAACGAUCUCAACUCAAUCACACCAGAGCAAUACUUCAAACAUGUCACCCGAAGAGUAGCAGAAAUAAAGGCGGUAUCGAGUCCAGAGGAGCGCAGUGUUCUCAUUCAAAUAUUGGAGAGCACGUACAGAUUCACGCUCGGUUCGAUUGCCGGUGCCGUGGGCGCAUCGACAGUCUACCCCAUAGAUUUAGUAAAGACCCGUAUGCAGAACCAGCGUACAGGCUCCUUCAUCGGUGAAGUGGCGUACAGAAACUCCUGGGAUUGCUUCAAGAAGGUCAUCCGGCACGAGGGAAUAUUUGGCCUUUAUAGAGGACUUGUCCCUCAGUUGAUCGGAGUUGCCCCUGAGAAGGCUAUCAAACUUACUGUCAAUGACUUAGUUCGAGACAAGUUUAUGGACAAAAAGGGAAAUAUUUCCAUAUACGCUGAAAUCAUCGCUGGAGGUUGUGCCGGCGGUUCCCAAGUGGUGUUCACGAACCCACUGGAAAUAGUCAAGAUCCGCCUUCAAGUGGCUGGCGAGAUCGCGGGCGGGCAGAAGGUGCGCGCGUGGUCCGUGGUCAAGGACCUGGGCCUGUUCGGGCUCUACAAGGGGGCGAAGGCCUGCCUGCUGCGCGACGUGCCCUUCAGCGCCAUCUACUUCCCGGCGUACGCGCAUGUCAAGGCUAAAUUCGCGGACGAAAACGGCUACAACCACCCGCUAACGCUGUUAGCGGCCGGAGCCAUCGCCGGCAUUCCCGCCGCCUCGCUCGUCACCCCUGCUGACGUCAUCAAGACCCGGCUACAGGUAGUAGCGAGAUCUGGCCAGACGACGUAUAACGGCGUAAUAGACGCGACUAGGAAAAUCUACGCCGAAGAAGGAGCUAGAGCUUUCUGGAAGGGAGCUUUGGCCCGUGUAUUCCGUUCGUCGCCACAGUUCGGUGUGACGCUCGUCACAUACGAAAUUCUGCAGCGCCUCUUCUAUGUCGACUUUGGAGGAACUCGACCGACCGGCUCGGAGUUGCACGUGGCGACACCUAUUGAGGAAGUCAAGAAGAAGGCCGAUCACAUCGGCGGGUACCAGGUCGCGAUACCGGUCCUCACCGGCCUCGAAACCAAAUUCGGUAUCUCGCUACCAAGAUUCUCGUUCCCGAAACCGGCGGCUCAGUAGGUACGGACCUAGUAAAUACCACCUAGUACGGAACGUGAUAUUUAGUCACGUGAUUUGGAAUAAGCUAUGAGUAUGAGAGCCUAGAUGAGGCACUCGAUAUUGGCGUCACGUAAUGUUCGACAGAGUAACAUUACGUCUGUAUUGUAACUUUCUUCAGCAGUACUUGUUAGUCAAAGUUUUAAUUUCAUUUCUUAGUGCGGGCUUCUUUACAAUAUUGUAUUGCAUUCAUGAUUAUUGGGCAUUACAGAAUAAUGCUUCACAAUACAAAAAAUUAUAAUGAUUAAAGGUUAAUUUUAAUUUCUAAUUAUUUUUAGGGCGGGACCCUGUGAAAAAAAUAUAUCUAUUUAAAAUCACAUGUAACUGAUUAUGUUAAUUGUUCGUUUGCCUUGAUUUACCGUCACUCUUUUGAGAAAGAAGCCGCACUAUUCUAGUUAUCAUUCGCACUUACAGCAUUUUACAUCAAAUCCUUCUUUUUUGAAGAUUUUUUAUAUUAAUUUUAAUUUAAACCAUUCGAAAUCAGUCAAACUAUUGUUAAUUUGUUUUGUUAUGACUUUUUGAGUGAAAAUGUUUUUGAAAUGAUACUGAUUAUAAAUUAUUUAUUUAUAAACACUGCCUAUUUGGGACCUAGAUACAUCCCUGUCAUUUAAAUUACGUAUUUGUUGCCAGUUAACAUUUAAAACAAUCUUUCCACGGUACAAGCCUACGAUUAACUUUUAACUUUUGAUAAGGGUAACGCAACAUCGUACAAAAGCGACCUACCUGAUGUUAAACAUUUGGAGAUACUGAGAUUAACGUAUUUUUAGAACGUCGUAGCUAGAAUAAUACUUAAUAUUAACAGUUAUUAUAUGACCUAUGAUCACUCUGAAUUCCCUAAUAUUUUUAGCACAACUAGCGUAAUUACUUUGCGCUCUAUAAAAUACAGUAGCGUGUCUCGAAUACACGUAGUCCACUUAGAGCACCCGCCAAAAUAGCACCUGCACGAAUAGCACCUGGCCUAGUCCACGAAGAGCACCUAUCGAUAUUUUCUUCUCUCUGUUCGUAGACAAAAAUGUAAAAAAUCCACGAAUAUAGCAUCAUCAUUUAGCUAGUACCAAAUAAAUAUUUUUUCUUUCUUUCGAAUAGCAUAUCGAUAGGUGCUCUUCGUGACUAGGCCAGGUGCUAUUCCUGCGGGUGCUAUUUGGGCGGGCGCUCUAAAUUGACUAUUCAUCGAAAAACAUUCUGAAUUUGUAUGAAACCCUUCUGUAUUGCCAGUCUACAAAUUAAACAAUAAAGGACAUUGUCAGAAACCGCCUUAGAUACCUGGGCACAGCAGUAAAGUAUCAAAAUUAAUCUCUUACUUUUUGAAUACUUAAAUAUUAAUUAGAUUGUAACGGACACUUGAGGAUUAAAAAAUGAAAUAUUAAAAGUAUUUUAUAUGUAUUCCAUAAUACUAUGACGACAUCCGGACAUUUUAGGGCGUGGCCUGCUCCAUAUCCUAUGAAGUUCCAUAAUUUGUGUCGAUAAAAUCUAUGUAAAAUCGGCACAAGGCAAUGCCGUACUUCAUUGUUAGGAAUCCAUGUAAUAGUGAUGUUGACUGCGGUCAUCAUAGACAAUAAGAUACCGAUCUUGUAAAUAAAAUAAAUCGUCCAAAUUGCUACAGUAUGACUAGAUUUUAAUUAAAAGUUAAAAAUAUAUUGCACGAUACUACAAGAAGCUAUCUAAUGUGUCCAACUGGUCGAAGGUCAUGAAUAAAAUAAAAAGAAUUGUGAUCAUAACACUGAUAUAGACAAUGACAACAAUAUGGGAUCAUCUUUAAUAUAUCUGUUACAGUUUCAAAAUUCGAUGAAAAAUCCAAUGCCGCUUAAAGUGAGAGAAAUGUCUAAAGUUCUAAUAGAAUUGAAAGUUUUAUUCGCUCAAAAUGCUUAUAACAAUAAUUGGUAAUACAUUUCAAAUAUUAAGUACCUUUAUAAUGUAUCGAUAGAACCAAAAUGAUAUCCUCUCAGCUUGGAAAGGGAAAACCCAGGAUUGGGGGAGCGCUCCAGGCAAUUUUUAGAACAUUUCAUAGGUGGUAGUAAAUAAUAUUUAUUUUAUUAUUAAAAUUGAAUAUUUUGAUAUUGAUAAAAUUGAAUAUAUCUUUCGAUUCAAAUACCGAAUAUUUUUCAAUCGAUAAUAAUUAUCGAGAAUUGUUAAUAAUAUUCAAUUAAAAGUUGUUCAAUCCCUAGUCAUGCAUAGACUAAGACGGUAACCAUGGAGAUAGUUAGUUUGGUAAGUCACGUGUUAAAUGUCAAAAGUGGAAAGUAAACAUAGGAUUCAUGUUAUUUAUUUACGUGCAAAAUGUAAGUAAGUAAAUCAUAAAAGUGGAACGCCGAGCUAUUUCCAAAACCCGUCCAAUAUUAUAAUACAAUUUGGCUGCGACAACUACAAUACAGAACAUCUCCCAAAUCGAUGUGCAUAAAAUAAUAUAAUACAAUACUAGUAAGUAAGAGGUUAUGAUAACAAUAUUGCUAUCAAUAAGUUUAUAGAAUUGGUCCGCCAGGAAUAAUUGUUCUUACAUAAAGAUUUGUGUCAUUUAGAACCUAGAAAGUAUUAUUUCGGCACUGUUGAUCUAACGGCGAACAAUGUAUGGAGAACGAACAUUGUCCUUUAUUAUCCUAAACUUAAAGUCCAAUUUCCAAUGUUCCUUGUGAUCGUAGGUCAGAUUAUACGCUUGGGCACGUCCAUAGGUAAUGCGUUAUAAUGCUUAUGUAGUACGUAGCUGUGUAUACGCUUAUGUAUAAGGUGAAAUAUACAAAUGUACAAUUUAAUUGAUCGUUUUAUACAGGGUUUUAGGUAAAUGGGUAUAUGAGCCGACACUAGCCCAUGUUAACAUAUGCAUAUAAAUGGUAUGGUGAAGUCAUAAAAUUGAUAUCAUAAUUUUAAUUAUUUUAAUUUUCAUACAAAUCUGAUUUUAUAAAUUUUAUUUUGUAUGAACAUUUAAAAAAUUAAAAUGAGAAUAUCAUAUUUCUGACUUCACCAUACCAUUUAUAUGCAUAUGUUAACAUGGGCUAGUGUCGGCUCAUAUACCCAUUUACCUAACACGCUGUAUAAUAUCUAUAAAAUAGCCAAGAAAUAAAAUAAAGUUUUUUGACAUUGUGAACGAAAUAUUGUACAGUUUAUUGCGUAUGUAUUGUUUUAGAGAGUAUUUAAAAACAUUAAAAAUAUUAAAACAGUUGGCGCUGCCAAGUACUAUAAAAUUAAAUAUUAUUACAAUUAUUCAAUUUAUUCCAUUUAAGAUAAUUUUGCUGAUUGAACAACUUUUUCGAUGGAAUCGACAUCAAGAUCGUUAAUUUCCAAGUCGUGUUUGAAUAGAAGAAAGAUGAUACCAAAUAAAUAUUUUUUCUUUCUUUCUUUCUAAUGAAGCUGUCUGUAGUAGCUCAGUUUAACAAGCACAUUAUACAGUCUUUUUUAAUCUAAAAUCCUAUCUAAUGUCUCACUAAUUGCAACAUUAUUUCGCUAAUUGCUAUUGUAUAUUGCAUUAUAAAUACUGUAAUUAAAUUAACAUACAGUAUUGUAAAUACUUUGCACUAUUUUUAGCAUAACAAAUUCUAUCUAGCUGUUAGUAAAUAAAUCAAGGAUUUUUAUUAUCAUAUUUUCUAUGAAUCUCUUCAAAAGGUUCCACGCCGCUUUAUACGACAAUUUAUUAAGAAAUACUCUAGACUCUGCAAGUUUUUGGACGUUCCAAUAUUUUUAUACUUAAGAUUAAUUUCACACUAUCACGGUAACCUUUACUAUGUCGAAUUUAUGAUUUUCAUAUCAGAUUCAAAUUAAGAUAUUGAAAAAUAGCUUUUUUGCAAUAAUAUAAGAGAAGUCAUAAAAUGUCCAUAAAAGCGCACUAAAAUAUUUACUGGCUUAUCUACUAACUUGUACUUUUUAAAUGAAGUUGAGCUUAAUUUAUUAAUCUUAUUAGGGACCAUUUACCAAAUAAUUGACCAAAAUACACUGGCGAUGUAUUUUUCAAAUUUCCUGCUUAAUGCCACGUGACCACUUUUAGCCCCUCCCAUAUAGUAUGUGGCACAAUAUAGUCAGUAUUUGUGAAUGGCCCCUACUAACCAGUGGUACGCAAAUUCGUAUUUGUACUAUGGAUGGCCCAAUACACGAUUGCACAAGUUGUAAACCCGAAUCACUAUUUAUCUCUUUCUGUAUCGAUAAUUAUAUUACUUAUAAGCGAAAUGUUGUCAAACAACGUUGUAAAAAGUGAAUCAUAGGAGUAAAGACAAGUGAUAGAAAACUGAUGUGACUACUAUAUUUAUUGAUAUUGUACAUUUUUGUGUUAAAAAUAAAUCGAAUAAAACCUCGA